UUAUUAUUAUUUACGACAUAAAAUCCGUCAUACGGCAUAUGGCCUCAUGAAAUUGUCAAAAUUUUUGUAAAAUAAUAUUGCAUUAAAAUUGUUCAUUGUACAAAUCAUGUUUUUUCAUAGAUCAUGACGAAAAGUUCACAUUCCAUAUUAUUGUAAGUCUCCUAUGGAAGUAAAGUAAUAUUGACACUUAAUUUUGGAAAUAUAUUCACGUUGCGCGAGGUCGGAGAAUGAAAAUCUAUUGGUCUAAGAAUUAAUAAAUUAAAGCCAUUGCUCACUUAAGAAGAUGAACCAAAUGCCGGACUGCCUGCAUCGUCGCAAGAAAGCCCUAGACAGACUCAUUAGAGAAUUAAGUGGAACUCCUUGCGGCUCGAAUGUCCAGUGUCGCAACGAAUGUGGCGAUAAAGUCGCCGCGCGACUGAUGCGCGACUUCUGGAAUAUUCUGAAGGAAGAUCCGUCAUGUAAUUUGGCUCACGAAGUCCAAAAUCGGCUUUGCGCACGACCCUCGUCUCGCUCCUGCGAUAGUUGCUCGCAUCGGCAACACAUAGCUUGUUAUAUGGCGGGUCGUAAACGUGACGACGGUGACGACCAGAGAAGGGACGCUCUGAACAAAGUUAAAACUUUUUGUAAGAAUAAUCCUGAUCCGAAAUCAACGCCGAGAUGCUGUACAUCGCAGUCUCCGGCGCUGAGCGACAAGGACAUUAUACCGCUCACCAAAAUCCUUUGUAAUCUCAAGGAGGCGGCCUCAUUCGACAAGCAAUGCGAUGCGAAAAUAACAGCUCUUAUGGCUGCCCAAAAAGAGCUUCGAGAUCAGAUACAGAAUCUGGAGAAGAGGGAAAAUGCAGGGAUCCAAUUGCUGAAACAGGCGGACUGCAUGUGGACGUGCAUGGAAGACGCUUACAAAAAGAAAGUAGAGGAUUCGCUGGAGAGGCAGAAGACUUUGUUGGAAGAGUUAAAAGAAGUUGAGACCAGUGCAACGAAAUGGCGUAAAAACAAAAAAGAUUUAGAAUCCCAAUUGAAAAACAUUGAAAAAUGCGAAAAAGAAAUUAAGGAGAAGAUAAAUCUAAAAACGAACGAUUUGAAAUGCGUCAACAAUGAAAUUGACGAUUUCCAAAAGAGAAUCGAUAAGAACAAAAAGGAAAUUGAUGCGGCGACUAAAUCUUUGACAACGAAGAAACAAGCUUCUGACCUAAAAGUGGCUAAUUUAGCAUCAGAUAUAGCGAAAAAACAAACUGUUAUAUCGGACGAAACAAAGAAUAAAGAAAAAAAAGAGAGAGAUGGUAUCAAUUUCGUGAAAGACGCACGAGAAGACCUGCAGAAGCUCUGCAGGGUUUUGCUACAGAAAAGGAUCGAAAACGAAGAUUUGAGGGCAGAGAGAGAUGCACUCAACCUCGAAAUUGAUUUACUAAACAAAUCUCAUGACGCAUGUCAAGAUAAAUGCGCUCAGAAGCAACAAUCGAUUUUAGAGGAAAUCAAAUUAACUGACCAGGAAAUCGCAAAAUACAAAACGAAAUGUGUUAAAUGCCAUCAGUGUACCGAUACUAUUGACGUCAGGAAGUAUUGCACCGACUGCCCUAGAUGCUCUGUUGAAAGGGAUUGUCUAUACGAAGACGAUAAAUGUAGGCCAGACGAUACGUUGGAUUGUGUCUGUAUGAGCGUCAAAGAGAAACUUCUAGAUAACAUAUUUGACAAUAUGUAUACCGUGCUAGAGAGGCAAGCGAAGACCGAAAAAGGAAAAGCUGUAGGUGGUGCGAUAUUGAAAUGCUUGAAAAAAAGUAGAAACGGAAAAUUGGAUGCGGCCACAAGGAAGUUGCUACAAGAUUUCGUUUUGACUACAGUUAAGCAACAUUUGAACCUAACCAUUGUCGGCGGUGCUGUGAAAACUAGAUGUGAAAUGGACCCUGAAACACAUAAACAGUUGAUGCUUUGCUUGAAACAAGUUACAGUCGUUGGACCUCCUAAAGAGGAUAAAGGGACUGCUUCCAAAAAGGAGUCGUGCCGUCGCUGGGGCGGUGAAUGCAACUGUCCGAAAGGUGGCAAAGGCUGUGUGUGUGAUAAAAUUGCUCCGCCUCUACCACCAGAAGAACCUUCAAUUCCAGAAGGAGUAGAUAAUGCAGAAACAUGUAAAGUUUCAUUUUGUCCUCGCAAAACGUCGACUUCGUGCGGUCCCGACGUCGCCAUGCAAGCCGUGCCUAGUAGAGUCGGAGCCGAGGUGGCUGCCCUAAAGCCGGACGCUUGUAAAGACUCUACUUGUGCCUAUCCGAAGAACAUGAGGGCGGCUCAGUGCGUGCUGGGACCGGAGAUACUAAAUUCGCCAACCAAAGGCAGCAGAUUAUCAGUGCCUUUUCGACCAGAGAUUCCUGUUUUGGACGAAAAGUUCUGCGAUUGCAGUAUAUCUUCAGUCAAAUCUUGUGUCUGCAGAGAUGCAAAAAAACUAAAAGUCGUUAUUUGCGAGGGUUGCAAUAAAGAAAACUGUGAUAUUUUAUGGGAAAGAGCGUUAAAAGCUGUUUGUCCUCCCUUUAAUGAAGAUUCGAAACUUGUACAUAAAAAUAAUGACGAUGUUUUGUUAGUAUCAAAAGAUAAGAAUAAUGUGGAAGAAAUAGUGGCAGAAAAAAAUGAAAAUCAUACUAACAUCUUAGAACAUAUUAUAAAUCUAACAAGUUCUAAGUCUGGUACAUUAAUGACCGAAUUAGAUGAAAAAAUUAUAGAAUUUAUCGAAAAUGGAAUCAAUGAAAAUAAAUUAGCCUACGUCAAAAAUAUAAGUCCAGAAAGUAUUGUUGUAGGGUUUGAUGAUAAUGAUGAAUGUGUUCAAAAUCGAAGUAGGAUUUCUAUUAGAAAGACCAGCUCUGGUUCGAAGUAUUUGGAGAUACGUAGCGCUAAAAAUUCUGUUAAGAGUGAGUUAAACGUAAAAAGUAAUAACUUAGAAAAAUUAGUGCACUCGAAAUCCUUGUCACCAGAAAGAUUAACAAAAACACGCGAAAAGUCGUCAUCGUGUAAUUUCAAUAAAAAUUACAUUAAAAAAUUAAAGAAAAAAUCUUUGGAUUACAAAAAUCGUAAUAAUAUUACUAAAUCGGCAAAAAAAGACGAUGAAAAAGAUAGUACUCAAGUCAACAAGUUGAAAAUAAAAAUUUCAAACAAAAUUAUUGAAGCACCUGCUAUUCUAAAGUUGACGGCAUCACAAAACUUUAAAGUACUUAUGAAUAAAGAAUAUGAGAGUUGGUUUAGCCAACAAUUGAAAGAAUGCAUCAAAAAUGGUACUUGUAAAUUCAAAUUGCAUAAAACCAAUUCUGGAAACUAUCUUAUAGAUCUUGAUGAAAACGAUGAAGCCAAUACUAGACAUUUACUCAAGAUGACUUCGUCUAAGAGUUUUAAAAUUGUUACAGACAGAGAAAAUAGUAAAAACAAAUGUGAAUCAAAAGAAUGUGAAGAUUUAAGUACCCAGCGUUCUUUUGAUUUGCACGUAAAGUCAAAAAGUGAUUCGAAAGUGUACAAAAAAGACAAAAAAGUUCCAGACAGUCAAACUUUAAUGCAAUCUUCUGAGUCAUUAAAGAAAACUCCUUCUGGUAAACUGAUCGUGGUUCUAGAUAAAGACACAAAGACAAACUUGAUAAAUAACCUUAAAAACUAUUUGGUCGAUUGCAAUGGAUUUGUGCCGGUUACUAAAACUGAAAGUGGUGAAAUAAUAAUCGAUUUCAAUAGUAACAAAUCGACUCUUAGUAAGGGUUCGUUAAAGAUUACAGCUUCAGGAAAUAUAUACGCUAUUAUAGACGAGAGCCUUCUUAAAAGUGCUGAUCAAAAUCAACGCCACAAUAAAAACUGUAUCUAUAGCAAUAUUCGUGGAUCAGAGCAUUUAAUAAACAAAAAUAGGUACCCGAAUAACAAAUCUAUAGCAACUACAUGUAAUGGAAUACCUAAUGAAAGUACGUGCGAUGUACUUAAAUGCGUAUGCCAUAAUUUACAAUGCUUAGCCAAAAAUAUUGAAAAGCAUUCAGAACAAGGAAACAUAUGUACACCUAGAAAAUCCUUUCUCAACUGGACGGAUGUUAAAACAAAUGAUAUUAGAAAAGCGCGUAGAUCAAAUUUGAAUACUUUGAAAGAUUAUCCGCAUAUAGUAAUAAAACCGAAUUCGAAUGAUUCAAAUGUUAAGUCUAAAGAGGAAUGUUUUUAUGUAGUAGAAACAGGAUGUUCGUUUCACAAAAAUCGAUAUGUAGGGGUUUCGAAUGAGCUCUUGAAAAUCUCUGGACCGUGUAAUGUAAUCCAAGAUAAGACUAUUAACAGAAACGACAGUAAAUUACUUGACCAAUGUAAAGUAAUAGAUGACAGCUAUUGGGACUCCUUGAGAUAUUUACCACCACAGCUUCCAGCGUUUUUGAAAGACGUAGAAUAUAAAUAGCUCUAAUCAUGUAUUUGUUUGGUUGAAAGUGUUCUUGAUCCACGAGUGAAAACAUAACAGAAAAUGUUGUCAGUAAAGCGUGUACGUAAUGAGUAUUGACUGAUCUUUUUGUAUUUCGAGAUAUUAUUUAUCAUUAUUUAUCAUCUUGCUUGCAAUAAUCGUGUACGUCUUGAUUUGUGUUUGAGACUAGGAAAUAAAAAUAGUAAAAACUAUAA